AUGCAUAGUAUGAUAGCCAUUGAGUAUUUCGUUCGAUUUCUUAUUGGCUCUUUCUUGGUAUCCCGAACAGAUUCUGUGUCUAUUGUUAAUCGCCGGGUUGUUUACAAUCUGAAUGUAUCCUAUGCCGAUGGUUCUCCAUCGGUUGUGCUUAUCAAUAAUCAAAUUCCAGGGCCACUAAUUGAAGCUGAACUCAAUGAUAUCUUAGUCAUACAUGUCAAAAAUUUUCUACCAGGAAACGAACGCUUAUCCAUACAUUUUCAUGGAAUGCUUGUUCGACAAACUCCACACAUGGAUGGUGUUCCUUAUAUAACUCAAAUGCCAAUCGAAAGUCAAAAUUCUUUUACGUAUGUGUUUCGUGCUUAUCCAGCUGGAACGUAUUUUUAUCACUCACAUGUCGGUUUACAGUCGAUAACUGCAUUUGGUGGACUAAUAGUGCAUGACAGACGAAGACCUUGGAAUAUACCAGAAUUAGCAUCAGGACCGCUGCUGUUCUCAGAAAGCUGGGCGCAAACUAAUCGUCUUAUACAAGAACAAAAUCUGCUAGCAUCACCAUUUGGUUGGAUGGGUGAACCGAUGUAUUUAUAUAUCAAUCAUAAACGUGAUUUAGUCAUUGAUGUUGAUCCAGGAAAACAAUAUCUAAUACGAUUGAUUGGUGCAACAUCGUUAUCCACAGUUGUUUUCGGUAUUGACAGUCAUCCAAUGACGAUCGUUGAAGCCGAUGGAUCAUUGAUUAAACCGAGGGAAAAUGUACAAUCACUAGAGCUUUCUUCCGGGCAAAGAUACGCUGUUAUUAUUGCAACGAAAAAUGAAACAACAAAUGGAAUUUAUCUUAUGAAAUUAGCUAUUCGGUGGAGAACAUUGGUGAAUGGCUCGAGUUGUACUGGUAUAUUACGUUACAGUUCGUAUACCGGUACACUGCCUGCAGAUCUAUCGACUCUUACACUACCCACAUUAGCAGAGAAUCAUGAUCUAUUAUCAUUUUCAUAUAAUACGCCGUUUGAAACGUUGCUGAGCAUGUAUCACAUGCCAAGACGGCAAGCCGAUAGGGAAAUUUUACUUCAAAGCAAACAAGUCCACACACCUGAUGGUCGCGGCAUGCGAUGGAUUAUGAAUAAUGCGUCGUUAACUGAGGAACGUGUAACAAUCUUAACUCGAGCAUUGAUCCAAGAUGCAUACAAUGGUAUUGACGCAAAUUAUCCAGUUGAUGCUACUUAUACAAUAAAUCAAAACGAAUUGAUCGAUUUAGUUAUUCAGAACACGGUAGCAACAAAUGGAGUUUGCGAAUCACAUCCAUUUCAUUUACAUGGUCAUAAGUUCUGGAUACAUUCCCAAGGUGCAGGGGAGUAUACAUCAACAUCGAAACAAACUCCGGACAUUGACAAUCCAGUCUAUCGUGAUUCAUUGACAUUGUAUGCAACUGCAUAUGAUCAUUUGGCACCAAAUCGGUCAACGGUCAAUCAUUUGAAACCAUGUGGAUGGGUUAAAAUACGUUUUAUUGCUGAUAAUCCAGGUCUGUGGCUAUUGCAUUGUCAUAUCGGUGCACAUAUGUUCAUGGGAAUGACUGUAUUAAUAAAAGAAGAUUUGGAACAUCUCACUAUGAGCUCAUUAUCACAAAACUAA